AUGGAAGAAGAUAAUGAAACACCAUCCUCUUCGACUUUAAAGUCAGCAAGUAAGGAAAGAAAAUACGUGCAAAAAUUUAAAACUUCUUGGCUGGAGCAUCCUGAUUUUAAGACUUGGCUGAAGAAAUCUGAUAAAGGUGAGCCAAAAGCUUACUGUAAAAUAUGCGAUUGUGAUCUUGAGCACCUGAAUCUGAGCUCGGAUCUAAAGAGCCUUAAGCAAAUUGACGUCACUAAAACAGAAAUUCACCUCAAUAAUGAUCAUAUAUACGUUGGUAUGGAAGCACAUGCGAUACUUGAAGAUUUAAAGACAAAAGCCCCAAUAGAAGAAGUGAACAAAUUUUAUGCUAGUUGUCGUGAAUUUUAUGUGGAAAUAGUAUUGCAAAUCCAAAAGCGGUUCGACUUGAAUGAGAAACUUUUCGACAUAUUGAAGUAUGUGGAUCCAAAAAUAGCAAGAAAUCUGGAGAAACAAUCAGUGAAAGAUGUUUUUGAUAAAUUUAACUUUUUAACGACAAAAUGCAACAUGCAAAAAGCAGAUAACGAAUGGAGAAAUCAAGCUCUUAUAGACUUAAAGCAUUUUGGAGUUGAAAGCGAAGAAGAAUUAAAAAACAUGCCAGCUGACAUUUAUUGGAAUAAGGUUCUAAGCAUGAAAGAUUAUCAUGGUAAUUUCAUUUACGAAAAUCUUGAAGUAGUUAUUUCAGUUUUACUAGCAGUUCCAUCUUCAAAUACUGAGGUAGAAAGAUUAUUUAGUAUUCUAAAAAAUGUAAAAACAGAUAAAAGAAAUAGACUUUCUAACGAAACUCUGAACGGCUUGUUUCACACAAAGUUCGGAAUGCAAGCAAACAAUUGCUCAAUUUUAGAACCCAACAGUGCCAUGAUAAGUGCAGCAAAAUAUUACAAAAGUAAUGAUUCAGCUUCUAAAUCUUCUGUCUGA